AUGGUUCAUGCCUGGUUCCUGGUUGCUGCUAUAGUUAUAGUAUCCGGUGCCUUUACUGUCCUGUACGGUAAUGAUUACGGCAGGGCCAAGUCUCAAGCCUGGCUCUUCGCCUUCCUCAUCUCCUUCCUGACUGACUUCAUCCUCCUCCAACCGGUCAAAAUCAUUCUGAUCAUCAUCUUCUUCAAGCUGGUUACCAAGCGCACACAAGACAGGGAGGCGUCUCAGCGAUCCGGCACCGGAAGUGACGUCUACUACUCCUAUCCCAUGGAACCCUUGCCCGUACCUCCGCCUCCGGUCCAACCUAGCGGCCAUUACCAGGGGCUGAGGCCAGCGGUGUACCAGAGUCUACAAAGGCACCAGCGUACAACACCCCAACCCCAGAACUCCACUGGAGAUAGAAGCGCCUUCACUAUCUCGCAUAAUUUUUUUAAGUAG